AUGUUUUGCCUCGCUGCAAUCCCCGUCAAAUGGGCCAUCUGCUUCACGCUUCUCCGCAUCGCAGGUGACAAAAAGGCGUAUCGAUGGUCCAUCUACGUCGUCAUGGCCGCCGUAGCCAUCGUAAUGGCGUCAACCACCAUCUACGAGUUCUUUCACUGCACGCCCAUCGCGAUGAACUGGCGGGCCGCGCCAGGCGGGACUUGCAAAGCCCAAAGUAACAUUACGGGCUUCAGCUUUGCGCUAUCAGCAGUCUCUAUAUUCUCCGACUGGUUCUGCGCCAUCCUGUACGUGCACCUGCUCAACCGGCACUCCUUACUUUCCACUAACCAUACUGCCAUUCCGAUCCCGCUACUCUGGAACGUUCAAAUCGAAGUCCGCGUCAAGCUCUCCAUCAUCACGCUCCUCGGACUCGGCAUCUUCGCGUCCACAGCAGCCAUCGUGCGUCUGACCGUGACGCUGAAUCUCAGCUCCACCACCGACUUCCUGUACCACGCCAUGCCCGUUGCCGCAUGGGCGCACGCAGAGCUCGGGUUAGGCGUCAUACUCGCCAAUCUAUCUGCGCUGCGCCCGCUGCUCGAAAAGCUGCUCGAUCUACGCUCGACGCUGCGCAGCAGCAACAAGAAGCGCAGUGUAUCCGCGUCGGGCGACCGCUACAUCGAGCUGGAAGAAGGCCGUCAACGGAAAUCGGAGAAAGGAGUGUCCAAGAGACUCAGUACGAGUAGGACGCGUGAGGUUUCAGGUUGGUCCAGUAAUGGGCCUACCUCCCCUCUUUUCGACGAUGCGGCUUCGACGACUAAUGUCGUUGCUGGUGGUGCUGGAAACAGCGCUCGCGGUAUACAAGUGAAUCGCGAAUUCGACAUUACGUAUGAACAUGCGGAGAAGCAGUGA